ACGAACAAGUUAAAGACUUUUCAUUCUUCGGACAACACGAGCAAUUCAGAGAGCAUGGCCAGCACCUCCAAAGACAACGGUGGCGACCAAUGUAAGGUUGUGACCAAGAAAAGGAAGGCCUGCACAGAUCUGGAAAUGCAGAGAAAAAAACGAAAGACUGCCAGCAACCCCAUCAAGGGGUCAGCAGAGGCUGUGCUGACUCAGGGGACCAAAAGAAAGUCCAGCUUCCAAAGAGAGUCCCCCAGUAAGAAGCAGAGGGUUGGAAGCACUGACACCAACACCAACACUGCUGAACCCAGCAAAGUGUCUGAGGAGGAGACCAGUGUUGACCUGCGGCUAGCAGUAGACACUCCCAGGACAUCGGAGAGCUCCAAAAGCUCUUCGACCUCCAAUAACUUGUCUACUCCCAAGAACUGGAUCAUAUCCAACUCAGAGACUGCAAGCAGAGAGUUUGAAGCCAAGUACCUGCAGCUGAACAGGCUGGGAGAAGGAGGCUUUGGUUCAGUUUAUGCUGGGAUUAGAAAAGCUGAUUAUUUACCAGUGGCGAUCAAACACAUCCCCCAAGCUAAAGUGAAGGUUCAACUGGCUGACAUAAAUGGUGAGACACACAUACUGCCCACUGAGGUGCUCCUCAUGAAAACAGCGGCAGGUGGACCAGAGUCAGUGGGGAAAUAUGCAGCCACUACCUUAUUAGACUGGUAUGACCUGGACCACGGGCUUGUCCUGGUCAUGGAGAGACCAGUUCCCUCUGUGGACCUAUGGACCCACCUGGAUGAGACCAAUGGUUACAUGGCGGAAGCCCAGGCUAAGAACAUCAUGAAACAGCUGGUGGAUGCAGCCAUUCAAAUGCACUCUCAGAAAGUGUUCCAUCGGGAUAUCAAAGCAAACAAUAUCCUUCUGGAAACUGGUUCUGAUGUCCCUCGAGUGCGCAUCAUAGACUUUGGCUGUGGCUGCGUUGAGAAAAGUGAACCUUACAACAGCUACUCUGGAACCCUUGAUUACGCCCCGCCAGAGUAUUACAAAGAGAGGGAAUACAAGGCCCGUCCCACCACAGUCUGGCAACUGGGCACACUACUUUAUGAGCUGCUGCAUGAAACCAGUGACUUUAGCACCCAGAGGUUCCUUAGGAACCAAAGGGCUUUUGUAAGUGGAUUAAAUGAGCUCAAAGUGUCCCAAGACUGCCUGGAUUUGUUGAAGAUGUGUUUGACGGCAGACCCGGACAACCGCGCUACCCUGGAAGAGAUGCAGGAACAUCCAUGGUUCACAUAAAACUGCACAUUCCACCCAACAAAACAUCGCCAUCAUCUGGAUGGAACAGAAACUACUUUGCCUUAAAACUUCAGUAUUUUGCAUUAAACUGUGCUUCAAAAAUAUAAAUAAAUGACAUAAGUCACAGUUUGUUGGUGAUUUAGUAAAUGUUUGGACAGGCACCUAAAUACUCUCAUAAAAGGUAUUAUGCUGAUGCGAUAAUGAUGAAAAUUCUUACAUACAUCAAUGCCUCUUUCUUCUCACACUCUGGAAAGAUGUGAACUCUUUCACCAAACAUCGUCUCAUACUUUCUGUAUUAAUGACUAAUUUAAAGAGUUUGGUCUGGACCUGCUCCGUUUGGAAAGUGUCAUGAGAUAACUUCUGUUGUCACUAUAUAAAUAAACUAUCGAACUGAACAUUUUUGCUUUCACUUUUCUAUUCCUGCAUCAAAGUUAGGAGGUAAUGUUGGUGGGCCCGCACUGAUAAAUAAUAUUUGAAGCUAAUACGGUUAGAAUGAAGCUAAUACUAUCUUAUAUACUCUGAGUACUUAAUAUGU